AGUGAAGCCAUGUUCAAGGAAGUGUUUCUGUUAGGAUGCCUUGUGUGCAUCGCUCUGGCUCAUUCUCAUGAAGACUUGGGAAGCCAAGAAGAUGCAGGCUCACCUCCACCUGGACCUUACGAACACAGGGGCCGUGGUCGUGGUCAUGGUCGAGGUCCUCCUGGUCAUGGUCAUGGCCAUUGCAAGAAAACAACUACAAGUGCCACAACUACUACAGCUGCAACUACCACCUCCACUUCUCCGACGACCACUUCCACAGCUCCUACUACCACUACCACAGCUACCACUACCACUACAGCUGCACCAACUACCACUACCACAGCUACAACUACCACUACAGCUGCACCAACUACCACUACCACUACAGCUGCACCAACUACCACUUUAAAAGCUACUACUUAAAUAACUGCUAAACCCUAAAACAAAAGCUUGGAAGCUUUCCAUGGAGAAUUUGCAAUUAUUACAAAAUCACAUUGUAAUUUCAGAAAACAUGUUAUC